GCCACCUACCUGCAGGAGGGCUCUCGGGUUGUCCAGCUCUGCAACAUGAACAUCAACAUCACUGGUGAAAGUCACAAAAUAGCCUCAACUUGAGGAAUCACAGAAAGGGGCCCAUUUCUAUGGGGGAGAAGGGAAUUAAAGAAAGUUGUCACUGUGAGUGGAGCCAUCUCUCAAAAUGUGCCCCCUACACUUCUGACCUGUCCACACCCCAAGAUGGCCUGAGGAAUACUUGAAAAUGCUGUGCACAAAAGUCUUUGGAAAAAAACAUGAAAGCACCUCCAAUUCCCCUCUCUUUCUACCCAUCACCUCCAUGUCUCUGUCAAUUCUUCCCAGAGGCCCUCCUGAACCUGUCCAUCUGGCACCCCAACCAGAGCACCAGCAGGAGAGAUGUCCUGAGCCACAUGCAGAAAAUGGCUCUGUUCAAGCUCGAGAGCUACUGGCUGCCCAACUUUUACACCCACGCCAAGACUGUGCUGGCCAAAGAGGCGGCGUGCCGGGGCCUGAUGCAGGAGUACGAGACGCGCCUGUGCAGCGUGUGCUGCAACUACUUGGGUGAGCUCCCUCUCAACAUGAGCGUCAGGCGGGGCCCCUGCCCACAGAAGCGCUACUCCACCAGGAGGGCCAAGAGGAAGAUGUGGCAACUGCUGGACCGCACCUCCUGGUUUAUAGACACAGAGCCCCAGGCAGACAGUGGCCCUCUGUCCUCCCAGGAGCCCUAUCCCAGGGAGGAGGAAGAGGUCCUGGAAAAGACCUCUUCCAAGGGGAACAACCCCUGUGCCCUGGGCAGGGAGCUGCUCCGCGCUGAAAAGGCCCGCGCCAAGGAGAAAGCCAAGAGCCAAUUGCACAUGGAGGGCUUAUUUGACAGGAACUUCACCUACCUGAGGACUGUCACCCCAUUCAUCAACCACACAGCCCACGUGACCAUCAAGAAGGCCAGCCGGCGAAGCCUCAACCUGGACUUCACCCGUUGGGCCCUGUGUGCCGACGCCUAUGCCGGCAGCCCCUUCCGCCACCACCUGAAGAAGCAGAACCUGAAAGUGGAGGUGCGCCUCCUGGACCUGUGGCAGGACCUGCAGAGCUUCCUCCGGAUCCUGGUGAAGAACCGGGAGACAGGCCAGGCCGUCAUCCGCUACAUACUGGGCAGUCGCAUCUGCAACCUCUACCUGCAAGAGGAGACCGGCCCCAAGCUGCCGCUGCAGUCCCAGACCAUCAGAGGCCUGAAGGAGCUGCUGUACUCUGGGAAUGUGAACCCCUGGAUUCCCAAGGCCCAGGAGGAGAUCUGCAAGAUGCUCAGCCACUGCUACGACGAUUUCCUGGAUGAAGAGGACUACUGGUUUCUCAUUUUUUCAACUCAGAGCAGUUUCAGCAGUUCCCGGUGGAACCAGAGUAAUUGUGUGAAGAAAGAAGAGAACAUGCUUCUGUAUCAGAGGCUCCAGGAAGCUCUAGAGCUAAGCCAGGGGUUGAGCCACCUGCAAGAGAUGGACUCUGAUCAGUGGCAAAGUUUGGCCAAAGAGGACCUGAGGCAGAAGGGCUCCCUCUGGGUGCAACUGACAUCUCCAGUGUUUCUAGUAGAUAUAGAGAAAAUGUCCUUUGAGGAACUCUGCUAUAAGUACCCAAAGAUUGCCAUAGAGAAGAUGAGCAAUGACUACAAACUAUACUGUAAGAAAGCACCUAAAAUAGAUAUAAAAGUGGAUAUCAUCAGAGAGCCAAAGGCAGCUUCAUCCUCUUCAAGAAAAAUGUCCUACAUGAAAAAGAUAAGGAAGCCCUCGAUAAGGCCCCGAAACUUGACAGAGGUCCUUCUAAAUACACAACACCUGGAGUUCUUCCGGGAGUUCCUCAGAGAGCGGAAGGCAGAAAAUCCGCUGCAGUUCCUGGUGGCCAUUCAGAGGAUCAGCAUGGAGACAAAUGAAAAGACCUACAAUUCUCUCUCUGACAAUAUAGUGAAGACUUUCUUCCAUGGCAAAGCUUCUCCUGAAGAAAUGCUGCAAUGUGACACCCCUUUUAUAAAAGAAAUUUCUGAGAUGAGUCAUAUCAGCACAACCUCACUGUUGAUGCUCCAAAACCACGUCAUGAAGUCUCUGGAAGAAAAGUGGUUUAAAGAUUAUCAAGACCUGUUUCCAACUCCUUCUUUGGAUACGGAACCUGAAGUCAAAAUUUUGCCCAAGAAGCCUUCAAGGACUGUAAUGACCUACUUCCAGGACACCCAGAAAAGAGGCUGGAUGAAGAUGAUCUGCUUUAUCAGGAGUUUUUGCAAGUACCGCAGAUUUAUGACUGACCCUAAAAAACGCCAAGAAUUUGAAGAUUACCUUCGUCUGGAAGUUUUCAAUACCAAAGAGAAUUUCUCCUCACCUGCAUCGGGGCGCACGGGGGCGAAUACCAGCAGCAGCCGCAGUGCAGACCAUGAGAAUGGAGAGUCAGUCCUCGUGAGGCGCCGGAUCUAUGGCCAUAGGAUUAUCGUGGUCAACUUUGCCAUCAAUGAUUUAUAUUUCCUUUCAGAAAUUGAGAAAUUUAAUGAUUUGGUGAGUUCAGCUAAUGUGCUGCAAGUCAACCGGGCCUACAACCAGAAUGAUAUACUUCUAAUGCGUGCCAAAAUCAACAUCAUCCUAAAGCUCUACCUGCAUUGUGACACCGCUCCAAAACUGAGGGUGAACAUCAGUGAUUCCCAGAAGGAAGUCAUUCUCGCUGCCAUUGCAGAGGGCCAGCUAAGCCGGAGCAUCUUCUAUGGGGCCAUCAUGUCUGUCUUCCCUGUCAUUAUGUACUUCUGGAAAAGGUUUUGUUCCUGGAAGGCAUUGCGCUCUUACUUCCAUUACAAGGGGAAGAAGUUCAAGGAUAAAAGGUCUCCUCCGAAGCCUGUGUAUAAGGCCCCUCCUACGAGUGGAGGAGACCACCCCAUCUUGAAAUUCACCCUUCUCAGAGGGCUUGAGUGGUUUCGGCCUCAACAACGGGAAGUCAUACCAAGUUCAGUCCAAAACUUCAAAAAUGUUCUGUCACCAAAAAGGAAAAGAAGUAAUUCAGGUGGGUCCCCCACUGAAGAGCACCAUCUCUCAAAUGCCUCCUCAUACUGACAGGAGCUUUCCUGGUCAGAAUUCAUGAAAUGCUCUGGUACCAUCUGCCCUGGAAAGGUCAGAGAGUGGUGACAGCCAAUACGUGGCAGGACUGGACUACAGUAAGAGACGGGAGAGAGCAUGAACAGAAGCCCCUCCACCUCCUGGAACCAGGGGGUCCUGUGGGAGAUGAUGCUUCCUUUAUGGCGAAGUGCAACUGGACACUCUACUCUUUGAGUCUAGAGAGAUUUGUGUUCAAGUCUCACUCUACAGCUCUCAGACCUUGAACAAACUCUGAAUUAGGGUUAUGGAGAUUCCCCUAACAAAUGAAAGCAACUGUCCUGAAAUAUUCUAGAAGCAAAGUGCUAUGAUUUGUUUGUUUAAAAGGGUGUCAAUGGUUUGCAUACAGUACAGUUGUUGACACCUGAGUAUAAUCUUUCAUUUUCCUGUGAUAAGUGUCUGCAAUAUCAUCACCAACCUAGGUUCCCUUCUACCUUCAUGCAUCAGGACCCCAUCUCUACCCCUUACUUUCCAAAGUGCUGUUUUCAUCCUCAGUGACAGAUGGGGUCUGUCUUUGAAAGCUAUUGAUAGCAUGUCUUCUUUGAACAGUGACUCACAUUCCAUCAUCUCAGCAAAUCCUCACUA